AUGUCAAACAAAAGCAAAACGAAUAAAUUCACAAAUAGAAGGGAGAACCCAUUUUCUACUCCAAUUAGACAAAUACCUUCAUUAACCAGCCCGUCAUCAUUAGAUUCUCACACCUCACGAUUUUCAUCCAAUUUAUGCACUCCUUCUAAGAUAAUGCCAGGAUCGAAUUCGAAUGAAAUGGAUCAUGAAGACAAAGCCUCAAAUGAAAUCAAGAAGUUUUGGUCAGGCUGGUGCCAGCAAUAUACGAAAUCUGAUAAAAAUAAGAUUUCACCUAAAACGCAAGAUUUCUUAGGCAUGCAUGAUUCUUUGCAAGAAGCAAUUAUUCAAAUUCAAGAAAAAGAUUCUUACUAUAAUCAUGAAAUUUUUUUAAAUAUUAUUAAUACAAAUGAUAAUGACAUUAAAACAAUCCUCUCUAUAGAAGAUAUUAAUUUUCUGAAUGCAUCACAGAAGAUUUCUUCAUUUACAUUAACAUCUUCGCAAGUUAAUUAUAUUCAUCUUUUAGUAGACAUUAAGAUCAUACAACCGAUAGAACGUAUUAAUUUUGAGGCUCUAACAAAGACUGCAACGAAAACCAUCAAUACUGAUAGCAAUUCAAAUAUUACCAUAAGUAAUACUAGAACGGAUGAUAUAUGUAACGAAAGUGCAAGCGUUUUCGAGAAAAUAACAGGACUAACACCAUAUAUUAAAUGUGUUAUCAGGGGAUUUUCCCGAAUCCUUAAUUAUGAGAUAAUUAAGCCUUUUGACACAUCUAUUAAUAAAAAUACAUGGACAAUAAAGGUUUUGUUAAUUUUUCUUGAGCCGCUACUAGAUUCGGUUCCGAAUAUUAAAACUUUUUGGGCUGAACAUUACUCUGAUGCUUCCAAAGCACGUAUGAACACCAUUAAAAAAAGCCACAAGGUCAAUUUUGAUGUGAUGUGGCAAGAUUAUUUGAAGAAAGAGAAAUGGGAAAUUAAUAAAGAAAUAUACAAUAUUAUUCAAACCAUGCAAGUUUUUGGAGCGCACUCUCAUG